GUAAAGAUGUUGGGGUGGAUUUUUAGUUUUGUUGUCAUCGUCACGACGAUUGUUACCGGUGAGACCUCGACCUGGACAACAUCCCUGGGGGAUGAUAACCCGUCAGAAGUUGAAGAACAUAGCGAUCGCCAGGCAAGAUUUUUCCCACUGUUCAGUGUCGUACGUUUUGCAAACUCCGAGUGCAUUGGCUCGAAUUCGUUUAAUGGAACGUGUUUCACGAAGAGAGAGUGCUCAAAGUAUGGCGGGAAUCCUUCGGGAUCAUGUGCGACUAAUUUGGGAGUUUGUUGCACUUUUCGAAAGACAUGUGGAGCCACUACAAAUAUCAAUAACACGUAUUUCGUGAAUGAAGGAUAUUAUUCUGCUCAUACUGGAGCCGAACGGUGUAUGAUUACGGUGUAUCCUUGCACCACAAAUAUAUGUCAGUUAAGGAUUGAUUUCCUGGAUUUCAAUUUGGCUCAACCGAACGCCUCUGGCAUUUGCGACUUGGAUUUCCUAUUAGUGACUGGAUCUGCUAGAAGAGUCCCACGUAUUUGUGGAGAGAAUGUCGGUCAACAUAUGUAUGUGGAUUUCAAUGGUAAUAAUCCUAUCACGAUCUCUGUGAUCACCAAUGCCGCCUAUCGAUUUGCUCGUAAAUGGAAUCUGAGAGUCCAGCAGAUAGCGUGUGACUCCCCUUGGCGAGCUCCAAGUGGCUGCCUGCAGUAUUAUAAAACCAUUUCUGGGACUGUGAUGAGUUUCAAUUAUGGGACUAUACCAAAUCCUCGAGUCCCAACGACUACAUCUAUUGGAACCAGACAAAUGCAGAAUUUAAAUUACAAAAUCUGCGUUCGUCCGGCGUUGGGGGAUUGUACAAUUGAGUGGUCUCAACCAGACCCAACAUCAUUUACAGUUUCCGGAGACUCUGGACUUAUUACUGGAGCCGCUGACGAAGACUUGUCUGAGUCUGGCACCGAGUGUACCCACAAUUACGUGAUAGUUCCAAAUCCCUCGAAUACAACUGGAGGUCGUUACGACGCAGAUCGAUUCUGUGGAAAUGGAUUUCAGAGGAAAACCAGCGCUUGUUUCAUUCUAUACGUCGUAACAAAUCCAGCUCCGGGCGAAGUCGUGGACGUGGAAAAUCGCGGAUUUACUUUGAAUUAUCGACAAUUGGCAUGCGAAGUCUAAGAGGAUUUGAGAGAGACCGCUGGUGCCGGCUCACUAAUAAUAAGUUUUUCAAUUAAAUAAAAAGAUGUUGAAUGACACAAGAUA